AUGACUGCAUCAGAGAGCACAGCGGAGACAUUAAUAUGGGCACUUUCUCUGCUAAUGAAUGACCGUAGCAUACUGAAAAUAGCCCAAGAUGAGCUAGAUGAGCACGUAGGAAGCAACAGAUGGGUUGAAGAAUCCGACAUGAAAAACCUGAAAUAUUUACAAGCCAUAGUAAAAGAAACAUUACGUUUGUACCCACCUGGUCCUUUGGCAGGACCUCGAGAGGCCAUUGAAAACUGCUAUGUUGGCAAGUAUCAUAUUCGAAAGGGCACUCGUUUGAUUGUCAAUUUAUGGAAACUUCAGCGCGACUCGAGUAUUUGGGAGAAUCCUAAUGAGUUUAAACCAGAGAGAUGGUUCUUGAAGGAACAUAUGAACAUUAAUUUUAGAGGACAGAGUUUUGAGUAUAUUCCCUUUAGCUCUGGCAGAAGAAUGUGCCCUGGUUUGACUUUUGGCACACAAGUAGUGCAUUUGACACUAGCAAGAUUACUUCAUGGAUUCAAUAUAUCAAUGCCAAGGGAGGAACCAGUAGAUUUAAGUGAAGGCUUGGGCAUUGCCUUGCCCAAAAUGAAACCUCUUCAACCUCUUCUUACUCCAAGGCUGCCUAUGGAACUCUAUCAAAGUCUUUGA